AUGGACGCGCGGUGGCGCCAGAGGGACGCCGCGGUGCGGGUGGUCCUCGCCGCGGACGCCGCGGAGGCGGAGCGGCAGCGCGCGGCCGCGGAGGCGGAGGAGAAGGCGCGGAAAGCCGCGGAGGAGGCGAAGCGGCGCGCGGAGGAGGAGGAGAAAAAGAAAGCGGAAGCCGCGGCCAAGGCCAAGUCGGACGCGGAGAAGGCGGCCGCGGCGACCGCCGCGGAAGAGAAGCGACGGAUGGAGGAAGAAAAGAAAGCGGCGGAGGCUGCGGCGACGGCGCCCGGCGCGCCGCCGCGCCCCGGCGUCGUCCCGCGCGUGCAAACCUCCGCGGAGGCGUCGGCGCGCGAGGGCGAAUUCGCGGCGGAGCUCGCGCGAGCCAGGACGUCCGUCGCGGAGUACAGCACGAGCGCGUCGACGAAGCGCGAGCGACGCGCGCUGAACGCGCAGAUCACCGUGCACGUGCAGCAGAUCGCGGCGACGAAGACGCAGAUCGAGAAGAAGGCGAUCGACGUCGCGACAAUGCUGUCGAACGUCCGACAGGAGCCGCAGCGCACGUUCGCGCUCGUGUCGCUCGCGAAGCGAAUCUUAACGCAGUGCGACUCUCAGGUGUCCAAGCUGAACCGGUUCGCGUUCGCGCUCGCGGAGGUGGCGGUUCGCAUCGCGGUCUUCGAACCGCGGUUCAACGUGAUCCUCCUCGCGCUGCUUCACGAGUCGUGCGUCCUCGCGGUGCCGAAGUAUUACCCCUUCGUCGUCGGGCGAUACGCGUCGGACGACGAAUACUUUCGACUCAUGGGCUACGUCGACGCGGAGGACCAAGGCGAGCGGAGAGAGGGCGACCCGCCGAAGCUGGAGACGACGGACGCGUUCGGACAGAGACUGCGCGGGUUCAUGCUGUUCUACGCGGCGUACACGCAGGUGGAGCACGCGACGCAUCCGCACGGGAUGGAAGCCGCGUGGUCGUGGAUCUCGCGGCUGCUGAACCGGAUCCCGCCGAACCGGCACUCAGCGACGGCGUUGGAGAGUUUCCUGAAGCACGCCGGGUAUCGCAUGUACGCGACGUACGGCUCGCAGUUUGGCAAGAUCUUGGACGUCGUCGACCAGAGUUUCCUGCCGGAGUUGGAGGCGAAGAGCGGGGACGACCCGGACGUCCGGCCCGUGGCGUCGAGGACGCGGACGUACCUCAACGAGCGGACGUUUUUGAAGCCGCCGGAGGGGAGGGAGAUGCCGAACACGGACACGUCGCAGAACACGAUCCCGCGAUGAACGAGACGAACGCGCGCACUGAACCGCGCCACUAUCAUACAGUACUGCGGGGGCAUGCCUUACCUACGAGACUAGCUAGCUAUCUUAUACUAGAAUGAAUGCCUAUCUACCU